AUGGCCAGAAGCCUGCUGACGGAGAGGCAGAAGUUGAAAGUCUUGGUGCUGCACAGCGUGUCGGAGCUGUUGAAGGACUUCGCACCACAUCAGCUGGAGAAGGACUUAGGUGGUUCCCGACCGCUGGCCACGAGCUUCUUGCCCUUUCCUUUGCAGCCAGGACCUUUUGAGCCAAAUGCACCAGGACCCCGCAGGGCAUCUCUUCCGAAUCUUCAUUCCUACAGCUGCCAGGAAGCCACGCGUUUGGCUCUCCAUGGGCACUCUGAGGGAAAGGCGCAGGUGAUGAGCAGUGAUGAGGAGACGAUCCCAGGAAAGUCGGCUCUAGAGCUCGCCUCGCCCGACUCCUUUGGCUCCUCUCCCAGCACGCCCGCUUUCCGAGAAGGUGAUCUCAUCGAUGUGUGGAGCUCGACACGCAAUGCAUGGCAACCAGGAGCCGUCGAGGCUUUCUUCGCCCAGAGCACCGUCGCAGAAGGCUUCCAAGUACCAGCCGGGACCAUCAAAGCCAUCUUUGCCACAGGAGCAAAGUGGAUUCCCCCGGAGCGGAUCGAAAGCGAUGUGCGGCGAACUCCGAAUGGGCGACUGGUGCCCCACAUCCCCAACGGCCACGAGACCGAGUGCGCGAACAUCGCGAGCCAGGGCCGAGUGCUCUUGAGCGCCUCCCUGUCAGAAGACAUGCUGGCGCUGGAUGAGCGUUGCUGUGAGCUGACCGACCCAAGAAGACCUGCACUUGUCAUCUCGCGUGCCGCCAGUCCUGAGACUCCAGACAUGUUCGGCUGCAGACGACAGAGCUGGUUCUGCUUGU